GUUGGUAAAGAAUGAGGUGCCAUACCUCCUCUGGACUAUCAAAAGGGAUGUCAUCGACUACCACAGUCUGAGCGGAGACCAGAUGCUAAACCACUAUGGGAAGACUGCGUCCUUCACCACUAAGAUCGGCCUGUGUGUGAACAUGCGGAACUUGCCGUGGUAUGUCCAGGCCAACCCGGAUUCCUUCUUCCCACGCUGCUACGGCCUCUGCACCGAGAGCGAGAAGCAGGAGUUCUUGGUCCCCAGCUCCAGAGGGGGCAGAGGGGGCCGAGGCCUCACUGUCCUUCCAGACGACUUCCGGCGCACGGUAGCUUCCAGCAUUCUCAAGUGGGUGGUCAGCCACCAGAACCUCAGCAGAAGCAAGUUCAAGAGUAAAAAGGAGGAGCCCAAGACCAGUGACCCCAGCCUCAGGAAAGAUCCCGAUAACACUGACAACAGGUUCCGGGACCUCCCGGGCCGGCUGGUGGACGCGGCGUGCAAGGUGUGCCAGGCCUACCUGGGGCAGCUGGAGCACGAGGACAUCGACAAUUCGGAGGAGGCCACCAAGCACCUCUCAGAGGCCGAGUGGAAUGACUUGAUCCAGCAGUACUACUCCCUGGUCCACGGUAAUGCUUUCAUCUCCAAUUCGAGAAGCUACUUCUCACAGUGCCAGGCUCUGCUGAGUAAAAUCACCUCUGUGAACCCCCAGACCGAGAUCGACGGGUUCCGGAACAUCUGGAUCAUCAAGCCAGCCGCCAAGUCCCGGGGCCGAGACAUCGUGUGCAUGGAGCGCGUGGAGAACAUCCUGGAGCUGGUGGCUACAGAGCACCCAGCCACCAAGGACAAUAAGUGGGUGGUGCAGAAGUACAUCGAGACGCCGCUGCUCAUCUAUGACACCAAGUUUGACAUCAGGCAGUGGUUCCUGGUCACAGACUGGAACCCCCUGACCAUCUGGUUCUACAAGGAGAGCUACCUGCGCUUUUCCACACAGCGCUUCUCCCUGGACAACCUGGACAGUGCCAUCCACCUGUGUAACAACUCCAUCCAGCGGCGGCUGAAGAAUGACAAGGAGCGCAGCCCCCUGCUGCCUGGACACAACAUGUGGACCAGCUCACGCUUCCAGGAGUACCUGCAGAAGAGGGGCCGCGGGGCAGCCUGGGGCAGCAUCAUCUACCCGUCCAUGAAGAAGGCCAUCACCAACGCCAUGCGCGUGGCCCAGGACCACGUGGAGCCCCGGAAGAACAGCUUCGAGCUCUACGGGGCGGACUUCAUCCUCGGGCGGGACUUCAAGCCCUGGCUGAUUGAGAUCAACUCCAGCCCCACCAUGCACCCGUCCACCCCGGUCACCGCCCAGCUCUGCGCCCAGGUGCAGGAGGACACCAUCAAGGUCGUCGUGGACCGGAAGCUGGACCGAAACUGUGACAUCGGCAACUUUGAGCUUCUGUGGAGACAACCUGCGGUGGAGUUGCCCCCGUUCAGCGGGUCCGACCUCUAUGUGGAAGGAAUCAAUGUGAGCAAGGCCAAGAAGCCCACGCCCCACCUCACCACCUUCAACUUAGACAUGCUCCCAGAGGCACAGACUCUUAAGGUGCAGGGCUCCUGGCCCAGGCCGGACUCGGUAGGGGGACCGCCCGGCCCAGCCCCGCAGGAGGACUGGAAACGGGAGAAUUCAAGGGCUUCCUCCAGCUGGACGACACUUGUGCACCAGCCGGUGGAGAGGAGCUGUCGAGCAAGACCCGCCCACCUGCGCCCUGCCUGUAACCACCCACGUGCAGACAGUAAGGCCUCCAAAAGUGGCCUGGCCAAAGCCCGGCUCCCCAAGGCCUUGGAUCCAAGCCUCCUGAGCGUGCACCCCCUGGUGCCUGUGCUGCAGUCGGUCAAGACCAUAGGGAACGCCUUGUCUCAGCUCCCCAAGGCACCAGGACCCCUCGGUGGGGGAGGGCGGGGCGCUGAGCGGAGUCCCAGCCGCGCCAAGGACGGGGCGUCAGGGAGGCCGGCAGGCACGUUGUCCUCUGCAGGUUCUGGGGAUGCUGAUGCGUCCGUGGCACCGGGGCCUGGUGCACAGCAGGUGUUGGGCAUUCGCUGGACUUACAGAGGUUCCCGCAGCCCGGGGGACCUGGGCAGGGGACCUCGUGCCCCUGCGCACUUGUUCAUCUCUGGUGGGGGCCGGCAGUGUCAGGGCGGGGCUGUGUUGGCCGUGGGCAGGGUCCGCAUGGGGCUGUGGGGGAAACGGGUGUGGCUGGCGGUGGGCGGAGUCUGCCGGAGCAGGGGGCUGUGGGCGGGGCCUGAUCAUCAACAGGCGGGGUCAGGGGUGGUGGUGGCGGCGGUGGGCGGGGCCGGAGCGGCGCUGCCCGGGGACCUCCGAGCGCCCUGCCUGGUGUGCCGGGGCUCGGUGCCGCCGGCCGGGCCCUGCAAGCGCUGCCGCUCCUUCUGCGCCUCGGUGCUGCAGGGCGUCUCCUUCGUGCCUCUGGGCAGCGCGCAGCCCGGCAGUCCGUGGAGCCCGUGA